CGUGGCAGCUCUGCGCGGAGACUCGCUUACAACCCUCUCUAUUAUCUUGUCCUUCUUUUCUCGCGGCCCGCGUUUCUCGAUCUCCGAUACUUCGUUUGCUGUGCACCGAUAAUAACUCCAGAUUGACUCGCUUUUUUGGCGCCUACAAACUUCAUGCACCAUGCGCGGGUAUCGUCAGAGUCUAGUCAGCAUUCCAGAGGCUUCGGAGCCUUCAGCUGCUGAUCCGGGCAGCACAACCCAGAAUACUGCUCACGAUAGGAUAGAGUCGGGGAUCACAGGAAUUGCUCCGGAUCAACUUGAUGGUGGGAACUGUAGACCGGAAGAGAAACCACCUGAGGAGGGACAUCAGAACUCAAAUAAUAGCCCAAAUACAUGGAGUCGAGGCCGAUUGACUAUGUCGUAUGUUGGAGUAUUUAUUGUCUAUUGUCUUACCUCCCUUCAACUACAAAUCAGCAAUCAUCUCAUUGUCCACACUAUGAGCACUUUUGGCAAGCACCAUCUUACAACUACUAAUAGCAUUGUUGCUACUAUCAUCGGCGCAGUGAUCAAGAUCCCCAUGUCUAAAGCAGGCAAUACUUGGGGGCGAGUUGAGCUAUUUGUCGUGGUCGUGCUUGCAACGGUUUUUGGGCUCCUUUUGGCGGCAGUUGCUCAAAAUGUGACAUUGUUCAUGGUCGCACAGACUCUGUGCUGGAUUGGUUAUGAUGCCAUCUCAUAUAUCCUCGGUGUAGGUAUAGCAGACUUAACCUCUAUCAAAAAUCGAGGUUGGCUUUUUGCGGUCAGCAACUUCCCACAUCUCAUCAACGCAUAUCUCGGUCCUGUUGCAGCCCAAUCGCUUCAGAAACAUGGUAACUGGCGCUGGGCAUAUGGAGGGUUUGCAGUUAUCUUGCCACUGUUUUCAUUGCCGUUGUCCGUCACGCUCUUUGACGAUACUCGAAAGCUGAGGCAAAUGCCUCGGAAAUCUCAAGAAUCCCCAAGUCCCGAUCCCCAGCGGAGAAUAUGGAGAAUUAUCAAGAACCUUUUGAUGGAGCAUGAUCUUAUCGGCAGUUUUCUUGUCGGUGCAUCUUCUUCAAUGCUCCUAUUGCCACUUAGCUUAGGGGUCUUCUCCCAAAAUCCGUCAAAAGCUCCUCAGCUAUCGAUCAUGUCAGCUUUUGGAGUCUCCUUACUGCCCAUCAUCGUGAUGUGGGAGAGACACCAGUAUAAGACUCGCGUUGUCCCUUUCGGUGGCUUGGCCAAUAAGACUAUAGUCGGAGCAUGCACUUCAACCGCAGCGCUGUUUGCCAGCUUCUACUGUUUAGAUUCAUACUUCCUCUCAUAUCUUCAAGUGGUUCAUAAUCUUACAGUAUCACGGGCAGGGCAUGUGCACAACCUCUACGUUAUUGGCUCCUGCUUCUUCGCAGUGUGUACCGGGGUCUCGAUCCGCGUCAACGGCAAGUACACAACGCCGGCUCUUGCGGCCACGACUUUCAAUCUCCUGGCAACAGGUCUGGCUAUAGUCACCCGAAAGUCAGGUAAAAAGCUAUCACAUAUAAUUGGGAACCAGCUGAUGCUAUCAUUCCCCGGUGGAACAAUGGGAAUUUGCGGACCCAUAGCGGUCAUGGCGGUGGUUCCAAGCUCAGAAGUGCCACUACCACUCGGGUUAUAUAGUCUCUUGACAGGGCUAGGUGCUGCUACCGGACGAGCAGUUGCAACAGCCUUAUACAUCAACUAUAUGCCCAAAGCAUUGGAACGCUACCUCCCUGCUGAUGCCAAGCCAAUGGCCAAAAUCAUUUACGGAAGUCUCAACAAGCAACUGAGUUAUCCCAUGGGCAGCACAGUCAGACUCGCGAUCAUUCAAGCUUAUGACGAUUUCAUGCGGCAUGCGUGUAUCGCUGGGCUGGGGUUUCUGCCAUUAGCACUGCUGUUAGUGUUCUUGUGGGAAAACGUCAACGUCAAUGAAGUGCAAGAGAAAGGUGGAUAGUGGUCUGACUAGAAUUCGAUGCAAUUGACUUUCUGCAUGUUAUUCUAACGGCUCUGAUAUCAUUACACGUAUAUGUUGUUAGGACAUGACAGUUUCAGUUUCUUUGAAAUAUCUCUAUCAAUGAUCCAUGGAUUAUCGUUAC